AGAAAGGGAAUUUUAAAAUGUUGAAGCUAACUGCGCUUAAGGUUGCUCAACUAAACGAAUUACUACGAGCUAAUGGUGCAACAACGACUGGGACAAAGGCCCACAAAGUUGCGAAGCUACAGGAGUUACUGGGAACUGAUGAAAUCGAUUCAUCCGAGCUAGAAGAGACUGCUACUACAGAUGAGCUGCAAACGCAAAUCGACGGGCUGAAAGCAGUAAUGGUGAAUUUGACGGCAGCGAUCAGCGCAAUGAACACAGGAGUGCAAGGCAGCCGCAACGAACAAACGCUUGUAAGUAAUGAAAGCGAAAUUCAAGAGCCAGCAAGUGUUCAAUAUAUACAACGACAACCAACUAUGACGAUUCAAGAUAUGGUCGGAAUUUUGCCUGAUUUCGAUCCGGUUAAAGGGACUAUAACGUCAGGGCAAUUCAUCAUGAAAAUUGAACAACUUAAGCAAAACUACAAAUGGCCUGAGGUAAUGGUAUUGGUGGCUAUACAACACAAAUUGAAAGGAAUGGCGAAGCUAUGGCUAGACGCGCAACCAGUGCAUAGCAGCUGGUCGGAUUUCGUGCAGGCGUUUUAUGUCGAUUUUCCGACUGGGUACAAUACGGCUGAAGUACACAAAACGAUGGCUAGACGAAGACGCAAAGUUAAUGAAGACUACGUUGAGUUUUACUACGCUAUGGUAACGAUUGGACGACAAGGUGCAGUGGAUGAUUUGUCGAUCAUCACGCAUAUAAUUAGCGGGCUAAAUGACAACUCAUUGUCAAAGACAUUGGCAGCAAUACGGCUGACAUCAUGCAGCGAUUUAUUGACAGCGUUAAAAAAUUUAAAAGCGACAAGCAACCCA